GACUUGGAGCUUCUGGGUCUUCAGACACGUUCUUGUGUGUGAGGCGAGAUGCGAUUACCCUCUAUAUUAUUGAUUUUUGGAGCAUUUUUUGGUUUUCUAGGGGCUAUUCAUAAUACAGAUGAUAAUGCCGGCUAUCAUAACUUCAAACUAAUCCGAAUCAAUCCGGAAACUGAAGGAAGUGUGAAAUAUCUUCGAAGUCUGUACGAGGAUCCCUCUCCGUACGAGCUGGAUUUCUGGCAGCCUCCUACGAAUAUCGGAGCUAUCGUAGACUUGACAGUUGCUCCGGCGGAUGCUCCAAGAUUUGUGAAGGAUUUGGAAUCGAAGAAGAUCAGCUACAUCGUGGCGGUUAAUGAUUUGUCAAAAGCAAUCGAAAACGAGCGCGGAAGCGACAAAUUCUACAACCCGGUCGCUGGUUUUGCAUACGACAAGUACAACAGUUUGGAGGAGAUUCAAACAGAAAUGAAGCGGCUUAAGAAGGAAUACCCGACCAUGAUCACGCUUAUCGAUAUCGGACAAAGUCACGAGAAUCGUACGCUUUUGGUGAUGAAGAUAACCGGAAAACGAAACCCCCUCGGCUCGAAAAUCUCCAUGUGGAUUGACGCUGGAAUUCAUGCUCGAGAAUGGAUUGCUCCGGCGACCGCAAUGUACAUUGCUCAUGAGCUUCUCCUCGGGUAUGAAAACGACGCGACGGUGGCUAAGCUGAUGGACCAUAUCGAUUUUUAUAUUCUACCUGUGAUGAAUCCAGAUGGAUAUGAGUAUUCCAGAGAAAAGAACCGCAUGUGGAGGAAAAACCGGAGCCCCGCAAAAUGCGCCCGGCAAACUUUCAGUACGGUCUGCUGCUCUGGAGUCGACCUCAACAGGAACUUCGAUUGGUUCUGGGCCUCCACCGGUUCGUCUUCGGAUCCGUGCCACGACACGUAUCACGGCUCGGCGGCCUUCUCGGAGCCUGAAUCACAAGCUGUCAGGGAUUUCCUGGAGCAAAACACACCCGAGGCGUUCAUCUCGCUGCAUUCCUACUCCCAAAUGUGGUUGAUACCAUAUGGACACAGAAAACAGAGUUAUCCACAGGACUACCAUACUGGACUGCGGCCAUUGGCUCUGCGAGCAACUAAGGCGUUGUAUGAGUUGUAUGGGACGAAAUAUCAAGUCGGGACCGGCGCUGAUUUGAUGUACGAAGCUUCUGGAGGAUCACAUGAUUGGGCUAAGGGGCAGCUUAAGGUCCCCUAUGCCUACCUGAUUGAGCUCCGACCAAAGAACACCAUGAUGGGCCACGGCUUCCUUCUCCCCGAACGAGAAAUUGUGCCCACUGGACUGGAAACCUUCGAAUCCAUCAAAGUGGUUGCCGACGAGCUUGUGGCGCAAUUUGUGGAACCUGUGAUUCGAGCCAAGCUGACCACAACCACAAAGCCCGCAAUCCCACCGUAUCGGCGUGGGUACUCUAUAAUCGACACCACAACUAUGGAGCCGGUCGAUGAGAUUACACAGAAGCCUACAGAAGCUCCAACCACAGAGGAGCCCACCACCACUACUACGGAGGAACCUACAACUACCACAACGACCGAGGAGCCUACCGAAGCCCCAACAGAACCCAGUCCGACUACUGUCGAGGCCACCGAGGCUUCUACAACACCAGAAGCUUCCACAUCCUCUGAGACAAGUACCACAGAGAAUUCUGAACCCAACCAGAAGACAUCCACACCAGUGGCACCUGAAGCAAGCACCGUUGAGGAGGAAACAAUCACACCGAUCAAAUGCGUCGACUACGGUGACUACUGUCGUCUUUGGGGAGUCUUACAGCUCUGCUAUCGGGAUCAGGUCUCCAAGUUGUGCCCCAAGACUUGCGACUCGAGGUGCUCUUUUUCGGUGUGAGGCGCACGCUGGAAACUAUCGUAUGACAAAUUGUCAGCUUAUGUAUGUAUAAAUGAUUUCAAACUUUU